AACCGCCUCCUCUCCGCACUCUCGCAAGCGCCGUCACCACGAUGCCGAUUCCUGCUGUGCGCUGCAUCAACUCGAUACAAGUGUAAAGCCUCGGGUGAUACAGAUACGGGGCGCGGUUCCGGGCUCUACUGCUCGGACAGCCUUGGAACUUCUGGCGCCGCAAUAUCAUCUUGGCUGAAGCUGCCGCUUCUGCCUUCAUUUCGUUUUCUCCCUCUUCUCCUGAUAGCAUCUUCCACGCCUGGCGACUGGCUUCGCUCGCUUCAAGAUGCCCACGCAGCACGUCGAGCCCGAGUCUCACGCUCUGCUGCAAGAUGUCGCAAAUGCUCUCUUCAAGGCGCGGAAGGUGGUCGUGAUUACCGGCGCGGGCAUCAGCACCAACUCGGGCAUUCCGGUUCGUCCUUGGACCUGGCUGAGGUGCUUGGGACUUGGCGCAUGCUGACUGCUGAUCAGGAUUUCCGCUCUGAAAAUGGCCUCUACUCGCUCAUACAGGCUCAGUUCGACGCUGCGAGCCAGCCUACGCGACCGGCCGAACGAAGCAAGGCCGACACCAGCGAUGGCGGAGAGGAGCCUCGCCCGACGGAACGUAGGAUGACGUCGCGGGAGGCUUCCCCAGACCUGGACGAGGUUACUCGACAGCUGAAAGAGGAUAUCGAAGCGCGCGCCGAGUCCAAGAUACCCGCUGCGUCCAGUCGAGCCGCCGGCACGCAGCCAGCCGUGGCCGUUUCGGAUGCAAACGCGUCAGAGGGCGUUGGCUUGAGCACUCCGCGUCUCAAGCCCGCGCUUCCCUCCACGCCCCAGCCGACGACGUCUCCCCUCUCUUCUCCUCCCCGAGAAGACUUUAUGCUUCCCUUGCCCUCAUGGUCGUCAUCAUCGAUUCUGCGAGCCGAAGAUCGUAAGCGUAUCACCGAUGCCUCUCACAAUGUCGUUUCGUCUCCUCUCUCCUCGCCGCCGCCGGUCCUCUUCGAUCCCUUCCACCCAUCCUCUCCUUCCGACGAGAGUAGGAGCCGCCGUAGUAGCACCACGCCGUCCGAAGCGGAAGAGAACCCACCCAAUGCGAUGCCCGCUUCCCAGACAUCCAACUUUGGAAAGGCGACACUACCCAACAUGAAGGGCAAAGACCUCUUCGACGCUUCGAUAUGGUCGGAUCCUACGAGAACCUCCGUCUUCUACCAGUUUGCAACGUCUCUACGGCAAAAGGUCCGCGACGCCGAGCCUACAAGCUCCCACAAGUUCAUCAGCCACCUGAGGGAUCGGGGCAAGCUGGUGCGCUGCUAUACGCAAAACAUUGACCAGAUUGAGGAAAAAGUCGGCCUGUCGACGUCUCUGCUGGAGGGGCCGGGCAGUCGAGGACGCUUCUCGCGCAAGUCGACGGCAAACGCUUCGCAGCUCAACAAGAUGGUGGAAGAAGUAUCCAGCGGUGAGAGCGGCGCGUCUGGUCAUGCCAGUGCGUCCAGCCAAUCAUCGAACGGAUCGAGUGAGCAAUCACCAGCAGACUCCUCCCAGCCCAAUAGUAAGACGGAAGAGGAAGACAGUGCUGGCAGCAGCAGCACCACAACCACCACCACCACACCGCCAGAUCAACCCAAGCCGCCCCCAAGAAAGGAGCCGCCGCGUUCUGGUGUGGAGUGCGUCUUCCUGCAUGGCUCGCUGCAGCUUCUGCGAUGCUUCCUCUGCGGGCAGGUGUGCUCUUGGGACGACGACGAUCGCGAGGUGGAGACGCUGUCUGGCCUGCAGCCUGAAUGUCCUCACUGCGUUGGCGCCACGGAAGCGCGCCAGGAAAGGGGCAAGCGAGCGCUGGGCGUGGGCAAGCUGCGUCCCGACAUUGUGCUGUAUGGCGAGGAGCACCCGAGCGCCCACCUCAUCAGCCCCAUCGUAACGCACGAUCUCGCCUUGUACCCGGACAUGCUUCUGAUCCUGGGGACCAGCCUGCGGGUCCACGGGCUCAAGGUCAUGGUUAGGGAGUUCGCGAAGACGGUGCACAGCCGGGGCGGCCGGGUGGUCUUUGUCAACUUCACCAAGCCGCCGGAGAGCUCCUGGGGCGACAUCAUCGACUACUGGAUCCAGUGGGACUGUGACGCGUGGGUGACCGACCUCAAGGUGCGCAUCCCAAAGCUCUGGCAAGAUCCGGAGCCGCCAAAGCCCAAGAAGAAGCGCGACUCGGGAGGGGCCGCCGACGACAAUCGGGAGGAGAAGAAGAGACCGCCUGCACAGAACCCGGUUGCCUUGCGCGACACCAAGGUGAAUGGCGCGUACUGUACGCUGAAAAUCCUAAAAGAGCUACGCAGGAUUACGCACACGUCCCCUCCGCCUCCUUCUUCCCUUUCCCUUGCUGUCGCCCUUGCAGGUGCGGCUCCCCCUUCAUCUCCAUCAGUCACUCAGCCGCCAUUGAGCCGUGGCUCGACUGCCAUUACGCACCCCGAUAUCACCGCAUCCGAGCCCCCGACUUCUGUUGAGGCCGGCAUUCGACCUAAAACCAUGGACUCUCCGCGCAUCAGCACGCCAAGGGGCAAGGCCAAGCGACCGCGCAAGUCUGCGCCGGGAGCCACGGACAGGCCUAAGCGGACGCCAUCGACAUUGAAUCCAAAUCAUGGCCGGUCCAAGAAACCCGCGGCGGAGGCCACAGAGAAGCAGCAGCAAGAGGUGCCUGAGACGCCUAGCCAGCCGCCAACCAGCACGGUAGAGGAAUUCAGCUCGAUCCUCCAUUCUGUCAAGUCCAACCCACGCAUACGGAAGAGGAAGAUGAUUGACGGAGAGGAGUUCGUAUUUCCCGCGGUUGGGAAGAAGCGCGGCGCGGUGGAUAGCCUGUACAAGGGUCCGGAGGGAGACACGAAGAAGCUGCCGCCUCUGCGCCCCACGCCCGAGGCGAUACCAGCAUCACCGGUGGCGGCCCUGCCAUUGGAAGUCGGGGGCUCCGCGGAGGAGCCUCUGGCGUCAAUCUCGGUCAACGUACGAGCAGCAGCAACGACAUUUGCGCGGCCGGAGGCCUUUUACAUCCAAGAUCCGCUGGUGACACUGCUGGAAAAGGCACCGCAGUGGAAGACGCUGGAGGCGAAGCAGGGCGAGGCGAAGCGCAGCAAGCGGCGCGUAUCCAAGAGAUUCCUCCCGAUGCAGAUGGAGACCAAGGCGCAGGCUGAGGCCAACGCGGCACUCGCACUGGCGGGCCUGAAAACGAACAGCCCCAUGAUGGCCGAGGUUGCUCAUUCAGUGCCCGGCGGCGGCUUUCCGGAGCUGGCCAACUGGGCGGCCACUUGGAGCUGCAAGAAAUAGUUUUCACUUCUUGGCUUCUUUCUUUCGAUAGGGAUUGUGGUUUUGAUAGACACCCACAGCGGACAGCGGUACCAUAGGAAGCCGACACAUAUGAUGAGCAUUUACACCGGUGUUGGCGGUUAUAAUGAUGUUUGACAGGACAGGGUUUAGGGAUACAGGACGUUGUGCCUUUUU